UGAAAGCUGUACAUAGAGAUUUUCUCUUAAUUACAUUGAUAAUUUGGCAAGUGAGAGUUCAACUAUUUGAUUGGUCAAAGCUUCCAGAUUUUGACUUCACCUCUUCCAUUUGCACUAUAUAUAUUUGAGAUUUCAAUGUUGUGGCCGGCAAAUGAAAGUUGAACAAGAAAAAAUGGCGGUCUUCUUAAUGAAACGGCUCGUAGCCACAAGUCUCUUAUUUGCGUUAAUGGUGUCUCUCUCCCAUGGGAGAGUAAAUCCCAGCUUUAAAAUUAAAGCAGUAAAUCUUGGAGGCUGGCUAGUUACAGAAGGAUGGAUCAAGCCUUCUCUUUUUGAAGGAAUCCCCAACAAAGAUUUCUUGGAUGGAACUGGACUUCAGUUUAAAUCAGUCACAGUUGGGAAGUAUCUUUGCGCUGAGUUGGGUGGAGGAACCAUUAUAGUAGCAAAUCGAUCAUCUGCCUCAGGCUGGGAAACAUUUAGAUUGUGGAGGAUCAAUGAAACCCAUUUCAACUUCAGGAUAUUUAACAAACAAUUCGUGGGAUUGGACAGCAGCGGCAAUGGAACUAACGUAGUAGCCAUCUCCAACAUGCCAGGCAGAUUGGAGACAUUUGAGAUUGUGAAAAACUCGAAUGAUUCUAGUCGUGUUAGGAUAAGAGCUUCCAAUGGGUUUUUCUUGCAGGUGAAAACGGAGGAGCUACUGACAGCCGAUUAUGCCGGUGGUAGCAACUGGGGAGACGAUGACCCAUCAGUGUUUGUAAUGACAAUUUCUGGAAGGAUGCAGGGAGAGUUCCAAGUCACUAACGGUUAUGGCCCUGAAUUAGCCCCACAAGUUAUGAGGGAACACUGGAGUACAUUCAUAGUGGAAAAAGAUUUCAAGUUCAUAUCUGAAAACGGACUAAACGCUGUAAGAAUACCUAUUGGUUGGUGGAUAGCAAGCGAUCCAUCACCUCCAAAGCCUUAUGUUGGAGGUUCCCUUCAAGCAUUAGACAGUGCAUUCUCAUGGGCAGAGAAAUAUAAGGUGAAAGUUAUAAUUGACUUGCAUGCAGCCCCUGGAUCUCAAAAUGGUUUUGAACACAGCUCCUCUAGGGAUGGCUCUCAAGAAUGGGGGCUAACAGAUGCAAAUAUACAACAAACUGCUAAAGUUAUAGACUUUCUCACAGCGAGGUACGCCACAAGCCCAUGCCUGUAUGCAGUAGAGCUCAUAAACGAGCCUCUCUCACCAGGAGCAACUCUAGAUAGCGUGACCAAGUAUUACAAGGCAGGUUACGAUGCAGUUCGCAAGCACUCCUCGACAGCUUAUGUGGUGAUGUCAAAUAGGCUAGGUCCAGCCGAACCAAGAGAGCUAUUCCCUCUAGUCAAUGGCUUAAAUGGAACCAUAAUUGAUGUCCAUUACUACAAUCUCUUCUCUAACGUAUUUGACAACAUGACUGUCCAACAGAACAUUGAUUUCAUCCACACUAAUCGGUCGACUCAGUUGAACUAUGUCACCACUUCAAAUGGACCUCUCACCUUCGUUGGGGAAUGGGUGGCAGAGUGGCAAGUUUCUGGGGCAACAAAGGAGGAAUACCAAAGAUUCGGGCAGGCCCAAUUAGAGGUAUAUGGGCGAGCAACUUUUGGUUGGGCUUACUGGACUCUUAAGAAUGUGAACAACCACUGGAGCCUGGAGUGGAUGAUUAACAAUGGUUACAUCAAGCUUUAGGUAGUAGCAUGAAAGUUCAAGCUAAUCAAAUUGCAACUUGAGCCAAUAAAGAAAAUGGAAACAUUGAAAUAAAUGAUGUAAUGAUGUGUUUGUGUGUGUGUGAGGUAACCUUUUUACCCAACAAAUGGGAUUUGGGGAAACAGAUUAAAGUGGAGUCCACCGAAGAAGGAAGUGACAGUGUAGCCUUUUUGCAGGCAUCAUUAGUUUUGUCUUUGCCUUUCUUAGUGCCUAACAGUAAUCAUCACAAUAAGAACUCAAAUUGUUUAUGCCUGUAAAAUGUACUACAUGAAUCAAUUUUGAUUUGGAAGA